AUGGUAGAAGAAUUAACCGCCCUUGACAAAAUGCAUGCUUGGGAUCUUGUUCCUCUUCUCAAAGAUAAAAUAGCUAUUGGCUGCCGGUGGAUAUAUAAAAUUAAAAUUAAAGCUGAUGGUUAUAUCAAGUGCUAUAAGGCACAACUUGUGGCUAAAGGUUAUAGUCAACAAUUUGGGAUUGAUUUUACUGAAACCUUUGCUCAUGUUGCCCACAUAACUACAGUUUGUUUUCGUAAGAGCCAUCAUGACCCGACAAUGUUUGUCUUAGUCACACCCAAAGGCCGCGCAAUUCUUCUACUCUAUGUUGAUGAUAUGAUCAUUUCUGGUAAUGAUGAGGCUACUAUACAUCUAAUCAAGCAUAAACUUAGUCAACUUUUUGAGAUGAAAGAUUUGGGAUUCUUGAAAUAUUUUUUGGGCCUGGAAGUUGGUUAUUCUCCUCAUGGGUAUUUGCUCUCACAACUCAAGUAUGCCUUCGAUAUUAUUUCUCGAGUUCGUCUAGUAAAUGAUACAAAGUACUAUGCCACACCUACUGAGCUGAAGGUCAAACUUUGGUCUAUAAAUGGUGAACCUCUUUUGGAUCUUACAUUUUAUGGGCAGCUUGUUGGAAGUUUGAUUUAUUUGACUAUCUCUCGGCCAGACAUUGCUUACGAUGUUCAUCUUGUCAAUCAAUUCUUGAGUACCCCUCAUUCUGUUCACUUGGCAGAUGUUUUACAUAGUAUUCAUUAUAUUCGAGACACGCUUGAUCGUGCUCUGCUACUUUCAACACCUUCCACUCUAGAGCUCCGUGCCUAUACUAACUCUGAUUUUGCUGGGGAUACUACUGAUCGAAAGUCUACUAAGAGCAAAAAGCAGAAAUAUAAUGCUCGAUCAACAGCUGAAGCUGAGUAUCGAGUAAUGGCCCAAACAAUAGCUGAGAUUGUUUGGCUUCGCUAG